AUGGCCAUGGAGGACACUGUGAGUGCCAUCAACCGUGUGGUGGUGCUCUAUGGCGAGACUGGAUCUGGGAAGAUCACGGAGGCUGGCCAGUUCAUCUUUGAGUACUACAUUCGUGGAGGCCAAGGCUCCAGGUGCAAUAUGUUGGUCACCCAGCCAAGGAGGAUGGCAGCAAUCUCCAUGGCAAAGCGGGCGGCUCUCGAGUGGCACGAAGAGCUGAGCGACACCGUCGGCUUCCAUGUCCGUCUCACGAAGCAGCUGCUGACGAGCCGCGGAGGCAAACUCUUCUGUACAGCGGGCAUCCUGCUGCGGCCCUUGCAGCAGAACGUCGAACUGCAAGGAGUGUCGCACGUCAUCGUUGACGAGGUCCACGAGCGCGACGUCUGUACCGACUUCCUGCUUGUGCUCCUUCGUGAGGUGCUCUCCAUACACCGUACAUUCCAGGUGAUUCUGAUGCAUGCGACAACCAACACGGACAAGUUUUCGGAGUACUUCGACGACGCGCCUGUCAUCGUGAUUCUGGGCAAGGCACACCCGGUCACUCGGUUCUUUCUGGACGACCUCGUUUCAGAAAACAUUGUGACCGCAGAAGCGUUUCAAAAGUGUGCUUCUGACGCGGUCCGGAUUGUUCCCGACGUUUUCAUGCACAUCGUGGAGAUGAAGCCUUCAGAAGCAAUUUUCUGUUUCCUGCCCGGGUGGAACGAGAUCAACAAAGUGCGAGCAGAGCUUUGCGAGGGAGCUCCAGCGAUGUUUGACAACUGGAAUCUGCCGCUGCAAUCGCGUCUCCGAUACCAGGAACAGCAAAAGAUCUUUGAAAAUCCUCCAGCAGGUAUGUCGCCACGCAAAACGAUAAACCCAUCUUUCAUCACAUUUCCUGCACUCUUCCUGCCUGCAGAUGUGCGCAAGGUGAUCCUGUCCACCAACCUUGCUGAGACAUCCGUCACUGUCGACGACGUGGUGUACGUUGUAGGCACUGGUCUUCACCGAGAUCAGUGCCUGCUCGGUACGUUCCCCACGUCGAUGGCCAGUGUCCAGCAGCGAGCGGGUCGCGCAGGUCGUGUACGAUCUGGAGAGUCAUGCCACCUAAUCACGCAAAAUGUGUUCCUCUCCUGGGACCAGUUCAAGCGCCCCGAGAUACAGACCACCGACCUAACAACGGUGGUCCUCGACUGUAAAACCAUCGUAGCCAAUGCACCACACCUGCCCGAUGACGAAAUCGAAGCGGAGGCAUCUGGCAGGGACGUGGUGCGCGACAACGCCGGCGCCGAAAGAACUGUUUACGACAUCAUGACAGGACGGCAGCUCACAGUGUCGAGCAAGUCCAAUCCCCGGAUAGACCGUGAGCUCAUGGCGAAGGUUGAGAAGUCGUGGAAGUGCUACCAGCGUGCAAGACUACAGCAUCCAAUAUUUGCACGCAGUUCGGAGAAGCCCAGAUUACCAGGAGCCGAAAAUGCCGCGAGCAUAAUUGGCCUGGUCGUCGAGUGUGGCGCAGUGGCUCAUCCCGAUUACAGCAUCGGCGUCUUGGCCGGCAACCGGCAGAUCCACCCGCGUGACAAGGAAACGUGUCUGUUGACGAUGCUGAACUGUGUCAAUCCUGAGAGUAACAGCAAUAGGGACGGUGUGGUAACGCCAAGCAGCUGCCUUCGCAGGCUACACGUGAGGGAGGACAUUGUGAGUGCCAUCAACCGUGUGGUGGUGAUCUGUGGCGAGACUGGAUCUGGGAAGACCACGCAGGCUGCCCAGUUCACCUUUGAAGACUACAUUCAUGGAGGGCAAGGCUCUUGGUGCAAUAUCGUGUUCACCCAGCUCAGGAGGAUUGCUGCAAUCUCCCUGGCAAAGCGGGUGGCUCACGAGCGGCAUGAAGAGCACCGCAGUCGUCAUCUCGUGCAGCAGCGGCUGUCUCCUUGGCAGCACCCUGUGCCGGCUGUUCAGGCACAACAGUUCAAGGCUCUGCAGGCGGCCAUACUGUCACCUCCGCCGUACCGCACGGUCACUUAUCGCUGCCACACGGGCGAACUUUCUGCCCACCCUACUCUGGGCAGCCCGCAGGGGUCGCCCAUCGGUCCCCUGCUGUGGAACAUAGUCAUUUCCGGCCUAUUAGACGUUCCUCUGCCUCCCGGCGUCGGCAUCCAAGCCUACGCCGACGAUCCGGUGCUUGUGGUGCCGGGCGAGAAUCGCGCUGCGAUCGAGAGGACCGCGGCGCUCGCUCGGCAGCGCGUUGCCGAGUGGUCCUCUCGUUCGAAAGUGAUCGCCAAAGUGCAAUCGAUCCAGCGGUUACCGUUAAUUGCACUGACUGGGGCCUACCGCACGACGUGCUCCGCGGCGCUGCAGGUGCUGGCCCGGGCUCCACCGUUGGAGCUCGAGUUAGAUCGCCUGUGCGCCGAGUUUUCGCUAUUUCAAUUGCGGGAGCCCACCUGUUACGGGCCCACCUACUUCCACCCGGUCGCAAUAGAGUUCGACCGCGACAUUUGGCUGGACCACCCUGCGGAGCGGCACAGCCACCCUUUCCGGCGUCUUAACGCACGUCAUGCGGUGGCUGUGACGCGGGAGCGCGCGCACCACGUCUACACCGGUGGCUAUCGGCGGGCGCCGCCUUUGUGGUGCUCGGCCCAAACCAGGCGAUCAGGAAGGUCCGGCGCUUCCGGGUUCAGGGUGCCAGCGGCGCCUAUUGCACAGAGGCAACGGCCCUCUGGGAGGCCCUAA